AUGGUGGUACACAUCUUGGGUAAAGGUUUCAAGGGGAAAGAGGUCAUUAGGAUAGCUUUGGCAUCUAAGUUUUAUGGAGUCGGUUUAAAGACGUCGGAGAAAUUAUGUUCGAAAUUAGGAUUUUAUCCAUGGAUGAGAAUGCAUCAGCUAUCGGAGCCUCAAAUAAUGAAUAUCACAAGCGAAUUGUCCAGUAUGGCUAUAGAAGGUGACGCUAGAGCCAUAGUGAAGGAGAAUAUUGCAUUGAAACGUAGAAUCGGUUCGUAUGAAGGUAUGAGACACGCUCUACAUCUUCCUGUACGGGGACAACGUACUAGGAACAAUGCUAAGACCGCCAGGAAAAUGAACAGAAUCGACCGACGUGGGUUCCAUACAGACUCUUCGGACCGAGUUAAAAUUUCACUGUGGUCCCAAGUCAUUGCUCAGUUCCGCGUUUAA